AUGGAUAAUACCUUUGAUGAUAUAUUUAUUGGUUCUAAUAUUUCAAAUUUUCAAUAUGAAGAAGAUGAAGAAAUUGGAUUAAGUGAUAGUGAUAAAGAAGAUAACUCAAAACUUAAUAAUCUAGAACAAUUAACAUCACAUCACCAUCAUAUUCAAUCUAAAGAUGAACCUAUAAUGAUUGGUCUUUUAGUAUCUCUUUUAGAUUUAAAGCUAGAAAUACUCUCUAAUUGA